GUGAUGGUGGGAGACCCGACAGAUGCACAAGAGAGGGGAUACUGUAAUCUACCAUCAUGUAGUUCUCGCUAAUUCACGCCCUAAGCUGCGAGAUAUACAAUACCGCUUUUCCAUAACGUUUCGCCAUGCUGUACCUAGCGCUUCUCGUGAUCAUUGGCUGUGUGUCGGCCCGGCCAGGCUCCCGGAUUGCUGGGGGGACUCCGCUGACCCCCGGUGAGCUGCCCUACCUCGCCUCCGUGCAGCUCCACAGCCUCAACGCCUGGUACCACCUGUGUGGAGGCUCCCUCAUCAGCGAGACCAGAGUCCUCACCGCAGCUCACUGCAUCUCGGGGAUAGCGGCAGACUACCGUGUGGUACUUGGGGAACAAAGCCUCAGUUUGGUCGAUGGAACUGAACAGUUUAUUCGAGUCCUGAAUUACAUUAUAUAUCCCGACUACAACGGUAACGCUGUCGGAUUUCCAAACGAUAUCGCCAUCAUUCAUUUGUCAGAACACGCCGACACCAACAGCAGCGCUAUCUCCACCAUACCCCUGGCUGACCACGGGGCCGACUUCACCGGAAUCGAUUGCACCAUCUCUGGUUGGGGUAGCACAGCUGGGUCGGAGGAGUUGAAGGACACCCCGUCCAAGGCCACGUUCACCGCCAUCUCUAACGCCGCCUGUGUUGGUCUGUGGGCUGCCGUCCCAAACACCCUAAUCUACCCCAGCCACGUCUGCAUGCUCGGCACCGCAGGGGAAGCCGCGUGUCACUACGACAACGGGGGUCCGAUGGUGUGUAACGGCGUCCUAGUGGGUAUAUUCUCGUGGGGGGAGAGCUCGUGCCAGGGGACGCUACCCUCCGUCAUGAGCAGCGUUCCUUUCUUCCACCACUGGAUCAUAAAUCACUAGGCGACGCUGGACGCCUGCAGCAGACUAGAAACUUGUCGUUUCGUCGAUACAUUUCUUUUUCAAGAUAUAAAGUUUUUUGCUGCCGUUCA